GUCGCGAUGUUGUCGAUGGUUUUGCCCAAUGGCGUAGGAGCGUCGAAUGUCGAUCGGUGUUCAGCGUGUUUUGCAGUAUCAGCUGAUGGACUUGAUGAACUCUUCCGCGUUGUAAAAAAAAGGGGAAAAAACACAAGUGCCGCCGUGGAGUUCGGACCGUGGCAGUACGUCGAGAGCGCGUCGUCAAUAUUGUAAUAUGCCGACGCGUGACGUCGCCAUCGAAGUAACGGCGCCGGGACAGAUAUUUCCGCUUUAACGGCUCGACGUCUCCGCGCUAAUCCGCUGUCAUCGUCAAGUUGUGUUUUCAUUUGACCCGCUCGUCGUUCGACGUGAGAAGGAGAGAGAGAGAGCGAGACGGAGACGGCGUCGGAGAGGGAGAAGGAGAGGAAAAGAGGUAGAGAUAGAGUGAGAGAAUACUUAAUAUAUACAUAGAUAUAAUCAUGGGAGGAGCUGUAAGCUGUGGGCAAGACAACGAUGAAUUAGUGGAUAAUUUAAUGAGUUCGGGAUAUAUCAGAACGAAGAAGGUCGAACAAGUUUUUAGAGCUAUAGAUAGAGCAGACUACGUUCUGUCUGCUUAUCGAGAAGGCGCUUACAAGGACCUAGCUUGGAAACAUGGAAAUAUACAUUUAUCAGCUCCCUGUAUAUAUAGCGAAGUGUUGGAAGGACUUAGUUUAGAACCUGGUUUAAGCUUCCUGAAUCUUGGAUCGGGAACUGGCUACCUCAGCACAAUGGCGGGACUGUUGAUAAAACGACACGGUGUAAAUCACGGUAUUGAGUUACACGAAGAUUGUUUAAGAUAUGCGUACGAAAGAUUGGAGGAAUUCAAGCAAACGUCAUUGGCUUUAAAUGAGUUCGAUUUCUGCGAACCUGUGUUCAUACAAGGAAAUUGUCUUAGCAUUAUACCUGGCAAACAAUACGACAGAGUGUAUUGUGGCGCAGCGUGUCCUGAAAGCCAUGAGGCAUUUAUCAAGCAAUUCGUUCGCGUUGGCGGUAUACUGGUAAUGCCUUACAAAGAUCAAUUGCUACGUAUGCAAAGAGUGGAUGAGAACACAUGGUUGCAGAACACAAUGCUUCCUGUAUCUUUCGCGACUCUAGUCGUACCUCCGUCCUCGGAACACAAUUUAUUUCACCUGCCGGAGUACAAUCCCUUAUCUCUGCAAGAACUGUGUCGUGGUAGGAUCCGACAUCAUCUACGUCAUAAUAUUUGGUUAGAGCACCCCGAGCUCGAGACUGUGAAGCCUGUAUUGCCGGUACAGCAGAGAUCAACCGCGCAACAACAUACCCUCCGACGUUUCGUAAUACCUAUUUUUGAGGAAUCCGACGAAGCUUUAACCGACGAUGAACAAGAAAUUUCUGGACGGGCGCGUUUCUUGCUAAAUGCGCAUCUCGCCGAUGCUCAGCCGGGCGAAGCAAUCACGACGAGCUUACAACUGGUACGAGCGGUCAUACAACCAAAUCAGAACGGUGAAGACAGUGAAGAGACUCAACGGGUUUUGAAUUUGCAUGCCCACGAGAGCACCCGUGAUAUUGGUGUAAACACAGAUUUCCCUGUACGCCAGCAGAGACGGAAAUCCGCCGCGAGAAAUGCUGUUUCGAGUACGAGCACGGACGACACGAGCGCGGGUCACAGCUCCUCUGUCGCCACAGACACGAACGACAACAACAAUGGAGCGGAGGAGCGAAGUAAACGAGAUGCGGAGAGAUCUAGCGUAGCCGCGUACUCCAAUAUGAGCGACAGCGACAGCGACAGCGAUGCCGAACAGGAGAACGCAUUCGUGCAACGCAAGAAGAUCGCGAAGCGCGAGAAAACUGACAGCGGCAUAGUGGACGACGCGAAUUUCAGCAACGACGACAGCAGCUCUAGUUCGAAUACCAAUCAUUCAGACUCGGACAUAACCGACACCACGGACGCGGGCGACGCGAUGGACGUGGAUUUGCCGGAGAUUGCGAUUUACAAGUCGUGCGGCGGUAACGCGUGUUCCCGCACGUCGAGAGGCUCUAAUACCGGCAAGGACAUAACCGUCGCGCACUAUAUCGAUAGCAACGCGUUCGCCGUUUACAUGAAGGAAAAGAUAGAACAGUUACCGUUGCCUUUCUCAAUAAAGCUGUAUAUGAAUUAUAACCGGAAAUUAUAAGCGAGUCACGUUAUUAUUAUUCUUAUUUAAAAAUAUAUAUAUAUAACUUUUUAUCACGCAACGAUCUUACGCUGAUUUUCUUUCUCUCUCUCUCUCUCUCUCUCUCGCGUAUGCGUUUGUUCUUACGUAACUUACCGCACGAGUGUUCUAGGGUUCCGAGUGAUAUUUUCGAAACGAACUCCUUUCGUAUCUAACGGCGCUACUUAACCGUCGCCGAGAUAUACUUAUGCGGUCUGCAGAUAACGAUGAGUCACUGACGUACGACCUUUUCGUCAGUGCCGAGUUAUCUAUCGUUCCUACAUCCUGCAACUUUCCUUUCAAUCUCCUAGUUAUUUUGACGUAACGAAUAGAAACAAGGUAUAAAAUUGUACAUGUAUAAUUGGGAUAUCUAGGGAUGAGAUUAUUAAAAAGAUUAAAGUCUCGUAAUUUCGUAUA